AGAAUAUCAAAAUUCAACUCCUAAGCAUGGCGGCGGCGGGCGUGGAAUCGCAGAUGGAGAACCUGGCUGUGUCAAGCAAACCCAGCACGCAGAUCAUUGAGUUCAAGGGCGAGUUUGUGGAUCAGCACUUCAGUGUCCAGAUUUGGUUGCUUGCUCAUGCGUGCUUUGUGUGGGUGGGGCUGGACGAAACGCCCGUGUGUAUGGGGUCAAUGUCCACGGCGGUGAAGACUCGGUACGAUCCAUUGCCCCUAGCAUCGUCAUUACUUGGUGGCGGGGCCGACGACACCGAGCAGCAAAUGGCCCAGCGCCUUGUGCUGCGUACUGGCAAGCAAGUGUUUGUGAGCUGUAACUUGCCCGAGGACGAUAUGGAACUCGGCGCGUACGUCGAACGUGCGAUCCUGCAACGCUUGCGCGACGUCCAGUUCGUCCCUUAACACUUCUCAAUCAACACUAAGAAAAGCAA